GUUUUGCUGUAAAAAUAUAACAUUUUCAUGCAAAAUUUAUGGAGAAAUACCAUGAUGUGUGAAUGAAUGACACAAUUACCCUAAAAAUAACAGGAAUACUCAGUCUAAAUUACAGUUUUUGCUGAUAUUUACAUUUAAAUUUAGAAUAGAAAAUCCACUCACUGAAUCCUUGAAAACACUUGCAUUUUAUUGUGGUCUGAAAAGUGAAUAUAUAUUUAUUAUGGCAAAUCUUCUUACUGCACAUUUUGAAACAUGAAAGAGUGUUUAGUGUUCUUUUUAAUUUUCCUAUAGGAAUAGAAUAGAAUAGAAUAGAAUAGAAUAGAAUAGAAUAGAAUAGAACUUUAUUGUCAUUGUACAAGACAACAAAAUUUUGUUUGGAGCAGUCCUCCUCCAGUUGCACAGUACAAAAUAUUGAUAUUUAUAUCAAUAUAGAAAAUACUUAAAACAAAACACAACAUUAUCAACAUUAUCAACGCUGUAUAAAUAAAAUAUAUAUCUAAGUAACAAUGUUUUGUUUUUUUUAAAGUCCAAGUCCUUAAGUGCUACUAAUGCUACUUUUUAGAUAUCGUAUUAGGCCUAUGUUUAAAUAUGCAAUAUGUAUACUGCCCUACAAAGUCUAACUGCAGUAACUACGCAAAGGGUAAAACUGAGAAAAACUGCUUUUAAUGUUUUUUAACAGACCAGCCAAAUGGAUUGUAUGUAGAUAAGUGAUAUGACACUUAUUUCUACAUGUAUUUAUGAUUUAAUUUUUAUGCGAAAAAAUCAUUAUGACUUAUUCAACCUUUGAACCCCAAAACUUAGUUACUGUACUUCUUCUUUCAGCUUUUAUAUUUUUGUAUAAGUGUUUAACAACUCUAUUCGGAGAUUUGUGUAUUUUAGACUUAAUAUUAUAAAGAAAUGUUAUAUAUUAUUCUUAAUAUAACUUUAUCUCACUUUUUUACUUGAUUACUAUCUAGAUAAUAAUUUCCCUCCCAAAUAAUCUGAGAAUUUUUAUUAUUUUUAUGUUUAAUUUAGUAUAUAUACCCAAAGCAGACUGUGGUAAGUGCAAUUACUGCUUGGUUUUGAGUUGGAUUUUGUGGGGUUUUUUUUUAUUUCUCUGAAAAAAAGCAAAAUUGAAAUCUAAAACUUCAAUUCACAAGAUAAAACAGACAUGAAGGAGUUCAUUUUUAGUUAUAAGUCAAUUUUGACCAAAAAUGUAGUUACUGCAGUUAGUCUUUGUAGGGCAGUAUAUGUAAGCCAUAAGUUGCUGGAGGAAAAGCUUGAAAAUGCACCUUAAAAGUGCUUGAAUUUGCCUUUGGAAAAGUUUUAGGAACCCUGCAACUAUAAAACUAUUUCUCGUAACACAAUGGCAGGUUUCUACAUGAAAGUUGAUCCAAACAAACACUUCUGUGCGGACUUCCUGUCUCGCGCGGGCUGCCUCGCCGAGUCUUGACGCAGCCGCGCUGUCCUAUGUUUUCCUUGCGGAUGUAGCCCUCGUGCCCCGGCGAGACAUGCAGGUAGUGAUGUGGCCGAGGUCCGCGGCGGAGCGAUCUGCGCGACGACAAAGAGACGAGAUGUUGUUAGCAGGGAGAUCCCAUUACAGAGGACGCAUGUUGUAAUAUGGUCGAAACAAAAGCUCCAUCUGGGAAGAAGUUUCGGAGCAAGCCUCAGCUGGCCCGUUACCUUGGUAACCAGAUGGACCUCAGCUCCUUUGAUUUCCGCACGGGGAAGAUGCUGAUGAGCAAGCUGAACAAGAACCGCCAGAGACUGCGCUACGAUAACAACAACCAGAACAAGGGUAAACCUGACUUGAACACAUCGCUCCCAGUCAGACAGACGGCCUCCAUCUUUAAGCAGCCUGUUACAAAAGUUACCAACCACCCAAACAACAAAGUGAAGACGGAUCCUCAGAAAGCUGUGGACCAGCCCAGACAGUUAUUUUGGGAGAAGAAACUCAGCGGUCUCAAUGCUUAUGACAUUGCAGAGGAACUGGUGAAAACAAUGGAACUGCCUAAAGGCCUGCAAGGUGUCGGUCCAGGCUGCACAGACAAGACUCUCCUGUCGGCUAUCGCUAGCGCUCUGCACACCAGCGCUGCUCCCAUCACCGGCCAGCUGUCUGCUGCUGUGGAGAAGAACCCCGGAGUCUGGCUCAACACCACACAGCCGCUGUGCAAGGCCUUCAUCGUCACUGAUGAGGACAUCAGGAAACAGGAGGAGCUGGUGUACAGUGUGAGGAAAAGGCUGGAGGAGGCGCUGAUGGCUGACAUGUUGGCCCAUGUGGAGGAGGCGACCAGUGAGGGAGAAGCUCUGAAGGAGGAAGGCAACGGCAGUGAAGACAUGGAGAGCGUAUAGCACAGGGAUUUUUUCAACACCUGUGCACACACAACCAUGGACAGUAGGAGCCAUACAGCAGUCCUGCCCUGAUCAAGUCUCCCCGAGUGUCUGCGUCCAACUUCAACCUGACUUCCUCCGCUCCAGUGUAACUAAAGAACUGUCUUCCCCUCUUCCACCCGAACACUUGGAGUCUCAAAUGCGUCUGUUCAUCAUUAACUCCUCCACUGGAUGGGACUCUUCGUUAAAUUACUUCAAGUAUUUCUGAGCUUGCUUGUUUUUUGACUAGGAAACUUUUAAAAAAAUUCCCUUGAACUUUCAAAUAUUAAAAAUAACUUAAAAGUGUGUCAUAUUCAGUGAUUGAUGAGAAGCGUAUUUUUUACUGAAAGGCUUUGUUUGAAUGGGUUUGUAAUUUUUUGUGACAAUCAUGUCAAAUCCAAACAUUUUAUGUAUGUCAGCAGGAAGUUGAUCUGGGUGCUUUUUUUUCCUUUUUUGGGGGGCAGAUUGGAAAUGAAUGUUUUGUAUUUCUGGCACGACUCUUCAAUUUUAUGAUGCACUCCACAAGUAGUCUGACACCAAACGUCUUUUCUAGUGGAACCAGUUGAGAUGUAACUUUAUUGAGAUGAGCUCAUUUAAAUCUGCAUCUGUGCCAACCUGCAGGUGGUGUAGUUUUAAUCCCUUGUACAUCCUUUUGGAGGGGUCAGAGUCAAGUUUUUAUUGUUGUUAUUUCAAGGAAAUAUUGUACUUAAUGACAACUGUGUGAUCCUGUGAGUCAUGUUCAGUAUUGACCAAAGAGGAGACAUGUCAUUUUGAAGAGGGUUGUUUGACGUGUGUGUAAAUAAAGUCUGCUUGGUAUUUUACCGUUGCAAUUAUAUAUCAGCUCUGCUGUUGUACAACGAAACCCGAGGAAAGUAAAAAAUGGUUACCGGACUGAACACAACGAGAAAGAAAUGACUUGAAACCUCUUUCUAAUGUAAAAUAAUAGCUGUUUUUAACUCUCCUCGUCAUAAUAGGUGCUUACUGAAAUUGUGAAAUAUUGCUUCGGGCUUUGUUUCUGUCACAGUUUCAGUCCAUGUUUUUCUUUUCUUUUAAUGUGUCAAUGUUACCACACACAUGCUGCCUCCUCUUACACCCACGCACAACAUUGGUGACACCGCAAAUUAAAGUUCAUAUUUAGUUUUAAUGUCAUUUAUCAUCUGAUGAUUAAUGAUUUUGUAUUUUUUUUUAUCCCUGUCUGUCAAAGUUUGAUGGUGAAUAAUGUGUCCAACUGAAAUCAUAGAAACCCCUUAUUAAUAUCAGCAGGCUGAUUGCUGAAAUGAAUUUGAUUGUAUUACUUAUUAAAAUGAGUCAUUAAGUCAA